GAAAAACCUUGGAUAAGUUACUUUUUUUUUUCAAUCCUGUUUUCCUGUUGAUAAAUUCAGUUCUUGUGAACGCAGUACCUUCGAGCUGUUCUGCGUAUGAUUUUUUUUUUUUGAGUGUGACAAUUGCAUCUAAAACUUGUGAGCAAGAAGACGAGAAAUCAGUUGGUCUCCAUCGCUUUCCAUAAAAAUGGCUGAAUGUCUUAUGCUAGCACUGCAUUAAGUGAUACAGAUCUUGAUGCGGAGGAGAUGGAUGACUCGGGACCCAGGAUUCCCAAGUGAUUUCUUCUCCAGCAUGAGAAACUCCCUCGCUUAAGGCUGGUCUGUGCUCACUGAGAUGACAGUCAUGUCCCUUUCCAGGGACCUCAAGGACGCCUUGCACAGUGACACAGUACUCUCCGUCCUGAACGAGCAGCGCAUUCGGGGCAUUCUGUGUGACGUCACCAUCAUCGUGGAGGACACCAAGUUCAAGGCUCAUAGCAAUGUUCUGGCGGCCUCGAGCCUCUACUUCAAGAACAUCUUCUGGAGCCGUGCCAUCUGCAUCUCCAGCCAUGUCCUGGAAUUGGAUGACCUCAAAGCUGAGGUUUUCACAGAGAUCCUCAACUACAUCUACAGCUCCACAGUGGUGGUCAGGCGGCAAGAGACCGUCACAGACCUGGCGGCUGCUGGGAAGAAGCUGGGCAUUGCCUUCCUGGAGGACCUGACUGAUAGACACUUCACCAGCUCCCCCGGCCCCUACGUGUUCUGCAUCACGGAGAAGGGGGUGGUGAAAGAGGAGAAAAAUGAGAAGCGGCCCGAGGAGCCGGCUGUGAUGAGUGGCCCCAGGAUCACCAAUGCCUUUUCCAUCGUGGAGACAGAGAACAGCAACAGCAUGUUCUCGCCACUGGACCUGCGAGCAAGUUUCAAGAAGGCAUCUGAUCCGGUGCGCACCACUGGUAGCCUAUGCCUGGAGCGAGCGGAUGCCUGCCACGAGGCUGAGCCAGUGCACACCUUGGCCGAGCACUCCUAUGCCGUGUCCUCAGCUGCUGAGGCCUACCGAGGGCUGCCUGCCCAGGAGCCCCAGGAACCCCCUAGCCCCCCACCACCGCCACCACCUCCACCUGCUAAGACUACACAAGACCACAGUAGUGAAGCUCCUCCGGCCACCAAAGCAAAACUGUCCAGAAAGCCAAAGACACUGACCAUGGCCCCAAACCCCGAACCUCCUGCAGAAAACGUCCCGACCCUCCCAGGCACAGAUGCGGUGCCACAGCAAGAACCCAGCCCUCCAAGGCCGCCCCUGCCACCACUGCCGCCACCAACAUUGGGCCUGCCCUGUCCCCAGUCUCCCCACCCUCCAGGAGAGACCCGCUGUCCACCCCAGGAGGAGGAAAAUAAGGCCCCGGACACGCCUGAGCCACCCCUGCCUGCAGCAGCAGCAGCAGAAGUGCCACCACUGGCUUACAACUGUAGUUCGUGCUCCAAGUCCUUUGACAGCAGUGCCCUGCUCAGCGACCACAUGCAGCUCCACAAGCCCACGCAGGAGCCCUUGGUGUGCAAGUAUUGCAACAAGCAGUUCAGCACUCCCAACCGGCUGCACCGCCACGAGCAGAUCUGCAUGCGCUCCAGCCACAUGCCCGGGCCUAGUGGCAACGUGCGCUUCUUGGAAAACUAUCCUACCAUCGGGCAGAACGGAGGCUCCUUCGCCGGCCCCGGGGCUCUGCUUGCUGAAAACCAGGUGGGUGAGUUCCCUGGUGUUGCCACCAGCGGCGGUGGCAACGGCAGCGCCUUGCCAGAAACCGACCACAUGGUGAAGUUCGUCAACGGCCAGAUGCUCUACAGCUGCGUGGUGUGCAAGCGCAGCUACGUGACGCUGUCCAGCCUGCGGAGGCAUGCCAACGUUCACUCCUGGCGGAGGACAUACCCAUGCCACUACUGCAACAAAGUCUUCGCCCUGGCUGAGUACCGCACGCGCCACGAGAUCUGGCACACUGGGGAACGACGCUACCAGUGCAUCUUCUGCCUGGAGACGUUCAUGACCUACUAUAUCCUCAAGAACCACCAGAAGUCUUUCCAUGCCAUUGACUACAGGCUGUCCAUCAGCAAGAAGACGGCCAAUGGCGGCCUGAAGCCCAGCGUAUACCCGUACAAGCUCUACCGGCUCCUGCCCAUGAAAUGCAAGCGGGCCCCGUAUAAGAGCUAUCGGCAGUCUGCCUACGAGAGCGGUGGAGGAAGCAGCCAGAUGGGUGAGGCAGCCCCGGGCCCCUUUGUCCUCCAAACCCCCCAGGGCUCUGACUUGCCGGCCCUGAAUUUCCAAGGCAGCGUCUCCUCCCUGGCCCACAGUCCGACCUUGCCUCCGGAGAGGCAGGCCCAGCAGGACCUGCCCACUGCAUCCAGCGUCCAGGCUGGGGAGGCCACUGCAUGGGGGAAGGAGGCCUUGAAGACGGACCUGGACGGACACAUUUAUGCCAGGGGGCUGGCAGCGGCACCCACGGAGCGCAGGGCCAGCCCGGAGGUGCCAGCUGUGGUCACCCCACUGGUGAGUAGCAGUGGGGAGAAGCCGGCCUCAGUGAUCAGCUACAGCGGCCCAGCACCCUCUGUCAUCGUACACAGCAGCCAGUUCUCCUCGGUCAUCGUGCACAGCAACACCCUGGCCUCCAGGUCCAGCAGCAGCCACCGUGCAGAGUCGGCCACCCCUGUGCCAACCGCGCCGCCCCGAGAGGACAUAAGAGCCGAGCCCGAGCGAGCCGGCCGAGCGGCCUGCAAGCCCAGGAGCCUAAAGGAGAAGAGAAGGACAGCUGCGGGGAGUUGUAAGGGCGAGGCAGAAGAGCCCAGGCUCAGUGUCACCAACUCUGACCCAGACCCUGGAGCCACGCUGGGCAGAAGCGGUCAAACCCAGGGCGGCAAGACUGAGACGUACAUCGCCAAGCCUGCGUUGCCUGGCACGUCCACCGACAGCACCGUGGCCCCCCUGUGCCAGAUCACGGUGAAGAUCGGCAAUGAAGCCAUCGUGAAGCGUCACAUCUUGGGCUCCAAGUUGUUCUACAAGCGUGGACGGAGGCCCAAGCACCAGGCCCCACCGUCCCCACCACCCCCUGAGGAUCCCCGACCCGUGUGCAAUGAGCCAGACGGUUCUGGAGACAGGGAUAGCAGAGACCGGGACAGCGCCUUGGGGCUCUCACAGGCCGAGUGCCUGGAACUGAGCGAGGUAUUUGACGAGGCCAGCGAUCAGGACUCCAGCGACCAGCCCUGGCGUCCCUACUAUAAUUACAAACCCAAGAGAAAGUCCAGGCAGCUGCGCAAGGUGCGCCGCAGCAGCUGGCGCAGGGACCGGGACAGGGAUGCCCCCGAGCUGUGCGGCUCCUCCCGAGCCAAGCUGCCACCUGCUGAGCUGGACUGCAUGGGCACCAGGCCGCCCCCUGCCAGGGCCCCGGACGACGACGAGGAGGAGCCCAAGGAGAUGCCACAGCUGCAAUGCGAGCUGUGCGAUGGGGACAAGGUGCUGGGCGCUGGCCAGAGCCGGCCCCAUCGGCACCUGUCGACCCGGCCCUACACCUGCGAGCUGUGUGCCAAGCAGUUCCAGAGCCCGUCGACGCUCAAGAUGCAUAUGCGUUGCCACACAGGCGAGAAGCCCUACCCAUGCAAGACUUGCGGCCGCUGCUUCUCCAUGCAAGGCAACCUGCAGAAGCACCAGCGCAUCCACCUGGGCGUCAAGGAGUUCGUGUGCCAGUACUGCAGCAAGGCCUUCACGCUCAACGAGACCCUCAAGAUCCACCAGCGCAUCCACACAGGCGAGAAACGCUACCACUGUCAGUUCUGCUUCCAGAGCUUCCUGUACCUCUCCACCAAGCGGAACCACGAGCAGAGGCACGUCCAGGAGCACAACGGGAAGGGCUUCGCUUGCUUUCAGUGCCCCAAGAUUUGCAAGACGGCUGCAGCCCUGGGCAUGCACCAGAAGAAACACUUGUUUAAGACCCUCGGCCAGCAGGAGAAACUCGAGGACGAGUCGUGCAUGCUGGACAUGUCUGACAUGGCCGAGGAGGAAGACCAGGACCAAAAACCCCACAUGCAGACCGCGGGUGGGGACAGCCCGUAAGGGCGCCUCUCGGAGAGGCGUCUGCACCUGUAACAGCAUGUAGAUUUGGUUGUUUCCCCCCUUGUCUGUCUCUGUCUCUGU